AUGUCGACGCGCACAGCGAUAAACAACCUUCCAUCUGAGCUACUAGGUCUCAUAUUUCAGUUUGCGCACACCCAAGCUGUAGAAGAUUUGCAGGAUGCCUGGUUGGCAAAUGCAAAGAACAUGGCUGUACAAUUCGCCGCUUCUACCAGACGGACCUCGACUAAACAGCCUAACGAUACGGCUUCUCGUAAUCUCGCCCUGCUAGUUCACGCAUUAUACUCGGUUUGCACCCUGUGGAAGGACAUCUCUACAUCAAUGUCCGCCCUCUGGGCUGUGAUUUCCCUCGCCCCUCGGUUCAAUCUACCAUGCACUCCUCAACGCUUUCUUGAGUUGUCGGCCGGCAACCGGAUCACGUUGGUCAUGGAGGUCAACGCGGUGAACACGAAACACGGUUCCCUCAUGUUGCGAACUAUGGAUCAAUGUGAUGCUCUGCAGCGAGUCUUUUGUCUAUAUCUCCGUAUCGCCACGAGGGAGAGCUAUUUGGACUUCAUCGAGCAUCGCUUUUCAUCCCUCGAGCAUCUCCAUCUCUGCGCGCCGUACUUCCCCUGGGCACCGGAACUUGAAGAUUGGGCGUGGCUAGGGGCUCACUCCCUGACGUUGAUAUCGUUUGACAUGUGGUCUGGAGGGGGUUGGACGAUUUACCAGUACCCAAUACCUUUUCCUCGUUUGGAACAAGUAGACGUGCAUUCAGUCGGCGAUUAUAGUCUCCGGGCUCUAGAGGCAAUCGCUCUGGUCAGUCAAGAAAUGUUCUUCAGUGGCCUUCUUUCCACCAAUCCGACAAACCCAGUAGCCAACUUGCGCCAGUUAUGUUUGGAAGGAUAUGUCGAUUACAACGUUCUCAACGGCAUCCUGGAAUCCUCACCCAAACUCGAAUCGAUCACCAUUCUUUCCGGAGCGCUGCGAGAAGACAUUUUUGAUGGUCUGAUAAGAAGGCUCCAUCAGCCGAGCCGUGUCUUGCACGCACCCUCCGUCCGAUCCUUCCGUAUCGUGGGUGGAACUCUGCUUCGAACCAACCUUCAAGUCUUCGUUAACCUCUGUGGGUCGAUAUCCCUUCCCAAUGUCAAUACCUUGACGCUCGAGCGGGUUCGAUUCAUACAACUGGAGGAUGAGGACUACUCUCUGCCGCUUCAUGUUCCAUUGUGCUUGCAAGUGCACAUGAUCGACUGCCUGUAG